AUGCCACCUCAAGCUCUAACUGGGGAUCAAGACGCUAUUGAUGACUUUCUCCGGAAGUUCGAAAUAUUUCUUUUUGACUGCGAUGGAGUACUUUGGUCGGGAGAUUACGUUUUUCCUGGGACCGUGGAAACUCUCGAACUGCUGAGGGCCAAAGGGAAAAAGAUUGUCUUUGUCACUAAUAACUCAACCAAAUCGCGCGAGGAAUACCAAAAAAAGCUCGCCUCGCUAGGUAUAGCUAGCACGACUGAAGAAAUCUUUGCAUCUGCCUAUUCUUCAGCUAUCUACAUCUCUCGGAUCCUCCAACUACCAUCUCCAAAAAACAAAGUGUUUGUCCUGGGUGAAUCUGGCAUCGAGCAGGAGCUUCAGAGUGAAGGGAUAGAGUUUAUUGGCGGAACAGAUCCAGCCUAUCGACGUCCAAUUACAUCCGAAGACCGGGAGCGCCUUGCCGAUGGAUCUUUUCUAGAUGGCGACGUGGGAAUUGUUCUGGCUGGUCUUGACUUUCACAUUAACUAUCUAAAGCUUGCCGUAGCUUACCAGUAUCUCGCUCGUGGUGCUGUUUUCCUCGCAACCAACACCGAUAGCACCUUGCCGUCUAACAACACUUUUUUUCCUGGAGCUGGCUCCAUUUCAAUACCACUCACAAAUAUGACGGGCCAGACACCUCUAGCUCUGGGAAAGCCAAGCCAGGCCAUGAUGGAUGCUAUAGAGGGCAAGUUUAAACUUAACAGGGCAAAAACCUGCAUGGUGGGCGAUCGUCUGAAUACUGACAUUAAAUUUGGCGUUGAAGGAAACCUUGGAGGGACACUAAUGGUCUUAACGGGAGUUAACAAGAAAGGAGAUUGGGAUCUCGACAAUUCCGCAGCGGUGCCCGGCUAUUAUGUAGAGAGACUGAGUGAUCUCAGUGGAUAUAAUGCUUAG